GAGGAGAGUGGCUGUGGGCUGUUGCUUUAUUUACUCCUCAAGAAGCGUUCAUCUCUGCUGACCUCCCUCCGGCCUCGUCGUCGUCCUCCACUCCGCUCUCCAACGCGUCCCAAUUAAACCCUACGCUCUCUCUCUCUCUCUCUCUCUCUCUCUCUCUCUCAGACAGAAUAAGCGGAGGGAAGGGAGAGGAAGAAGGGAACAAAAAGACGAAUUCUCUGCGGUGAAUGGAGGUGGCGGCGGAGUGCGCGAACGGCGUCCGGGCGAAGGAGGCGGACCUCUUCCUCGUCGACGACCUCCUCGACCUGCCGUGUGACGACGACGAGGAGGGACAGGAGGCGGUGGUGGGGGAGAGGGAGUGUACGGCGGAGGUGGCGGUGGACGGGGCUUGUGGCGCCGCCGCCGGAGGUGGUGGGGAGGAGGGCGCCGCGGUGAACGCGUCGAACGACUCGUCGACAGUGACGGCUCUGGACAGCUGCAGCAACUCCCUCUCCGGCCUCGCCGACGGGGACUUCUCCGGCGGGCUCUGCGAGCCGUACGACCAAUUGGCGGAGCUGGAAUGGCUAUCCAGCUACAUGGGCGAGGACAACUUCCCGACGGAGGACCUCCGGAAGCUGCAGCUCAUCACCGGCAUCCCGUCGGCCGCCGCCAACACCACUGCGUCCGCUAUCGCUCCUGCGGCCGCCGCGGCGCAGCCCAGCAGCGGUGUGCUGCCCCCGGAGGCGCCCGUACCCGGCAAGGCGCGCAGCAAGCGCUCCCGCAUCGCGCCAUGCAGCUGGUCGUCCCGCCGCCUCGUGCUCCCGCCCCCUCCCGCCUCGCCGCCCUCCCCGGCGUCCGCGGCCAUCUCGCCGUCCGAGUCCGGCACCGGCACUGGCACCGCGCUGGUGUUCCCAGCCAAGAAGCCCGCGAAGCCGUCCAAGAAGGACGCACCGGCGCCCGCGCCGAACGCCGCGGCGGCGGCUGCAGAGGAGGGGAGGAGGUGCCUGCACUGCGAGACGGACAAGACGCCGCAGUGGAGGACGGGGCCCAUGGGGCCCAAGACACUGUGCAACGCGUGCGGCGUGCGGUACAAGUCGGGCCGCCUCGUGCCGGAGUACCGGCCGGCGGCGAGCCCGACCUUCGUGGUGUCGAAGCACUCCAACUCUCACCGCAAGGUUCUCGAGCUGCGCCGCCAGAAGGAGAUGCAGGUCCUGCACCACCCCCACCAUCAGCACCAGCCGCAGCCGCUGUCACACGUGGGCGCAGGCGGCAGCGGCGGAGGCCUAAUGCACCUGCCGGGUCCGCUGCUGUUCGACGGGCCGUCGGCGCCGCUCAUCGGGGACGACUUCUUGAUCCACAACCGCAUAGGGCCGGACUUCCGUCAGCUCAUAUCUCCUAGAGGAAGAGUAGACAAGCAGUUUAAGUUCAAACUUCCAAGCUAGUACGUGUGCGAGACUCCAUUCACUUCUACUUGUUUAUGCGAUUCCCAAUCUUGUCUUCGUUUUGGCGAGCAAGAUGAUUCGCUUGCAGUGGUGAAUCGACGAUGACUGUUGGCAUAUCGGUAGGGCCGAGACGUCAGUGAGUGUCUGCAAAGGAAGCAUUCACUUCCAACGACUUGGCUGUAAAAUCUUGGUCCGGCUUUGUUGGUUUGAUUCUCCUCUUUCGGGCCCAUUUUUGGGAUGAACGACUGGUACGUACCUGACCACCGAAAGCUUCGAUUUACCUGCUGUGUGCUACCAGCCUACAUCUCUAUGUGACGAUGCGCUCUACCUGCUUGCCAAAGGCCUGACACUUGUGCACAGAGUGCCACUGGUAAAUGUCACAUGAGAAGAGCCAGGACAUGCAUGUACUGACGCCGAUGGACGGACGUCUGAUAGAUUUCGCCUGAAGCAAAGGCACACUUCCGCUUUUAGACUAUU